AUGACAUACACGGAUCUACUACCUUCCCUACUCACCCAGAAUCUCAUAGAGAAACGUGUCGCACCACUAGUGCCUGACAAGUUGCCUAGAUGGUAUAAACCUAAUGAACAAUGUGCUUUCCACUCUGACGCGUCAGGGCAUGACACUGGCUUUGUAUUCAAAGGAAAAAUCCAUGAACUUGUGAGGUUGAGGAUGAUUAAGUUAAGUGAUAUGCCAAAUGUGGCAACUAACCCAUUACCUGAGAAUGUGGCAGUGAAUAUGAUUACCGAAGAUGAGAACUUGAUCAUGGAUGUCAUGAAAGUGAAGACUCCGUUAAUGCCUGUGCACCUCAAGCUAUUCAAGGUUAGUGGGAAGAAAAUGAAUGAUGAAGUGUCUGUCAUAGUGUCUGUCAUAAUGUCUAUCUUCAAUAAGCCCAAGGCUUUCAAGAUAUUUUGCCCACCUAGAGAAAGUACACCUCCUGCCAACUCUGCUAAGCGUUUGGACAUCAAAAUGCCAGCUCAUUUCCCCUAUAAAUCUGAUAAAGUUGUAUUGUGGGGGUACGAGACCACUAUCAUCGUGAAUGGUGUUGAGAAACCACUAUUCAAUAACAAAGUUGUCACUAAUAUUGCCGAUACAAGCGGUCUCACGAGAAGCGGCAGGGUUUUCACUCUUGCUAAUCUUAGAGGUGGUAAGACCGUUGCCGAGAAGCUCGACAAUGGUAAAGCUCCAUUGGUUAUUCCUGAGAGUAUACCCAUACAAGAUGUAAAGGCUAAAGUGUUUUUGCACCUGAUAGGAAAGAGUGAUUAUAAGGUGGUGGAUCAAAUUCUUCAAACCCAAUCAAAGAUAUAUGUUAUGUCUUUUCUCUUAAACUCUGAAGUGCACCUCAAGGCUCUGUUGAAAGUCUUGGUGAAAGCCUAUGUAAAUCCAGAUGUCACGGUUGAUCAGUUAUACCAUGUAGUUAGAGACAUUACGUCUUGCAACACACUAAGCUUUUUUGACAAUGAGUUUCCCGCCGAGGGUAAAAAGCAUAACAACUCUCUCUACAUAUCCUUGGGAUAUGAAAAAGGUUCUCUUUCGCAUGUUUUGGUUGAUAUUGUCUCUUCUUUGAAUGUGAUGCCGAAGAUUACUCUUUCUAAGUUAUCAUAUAUUGGUGCUGAUAUCAGACCAAGCAAGGUUGUUGUGAAGGCCUUUGAUGGUUCUAGAAGGACUGUAAUGGGUGAAAUUGUCUUGCGAGUGAUGGUUGGCCCGCAUCAAUACAUUGACGUAAAAGAGGACACUAUCGUCACCCAAUUUCAAGGGCUUGAGAUUACAAAUGUAGUGCGGAUUGAGGACCUCGAUGAGGAGGAUAAGAUAGUAACUUCUAUGGCAUCUUUAAAAGAUGCGCAACAAGUGGUUGGCCUCUGUUCUGCCCAAGGCAGAGGUGUUUUUGUUUGGGCUUCAUGA